AUGGAUACUAAAAUGGGAAUUUUUUUAUUCAAUAAUACUGAACACAAUAUCAUUAAUGCCACAGACAGAAAGUUCAGCAUUUCUGAGCCUGGCUAUCUGCAAAAAACCAUCUAUUCUUUAAUCUUUUCAAUCUGUAUUCCAGGGAUUAUUGGAAAUGGAAUUGUCAUCCAACUUUUGCAUUUCCAAAUUAAGAGGAAUCCUUUCACUGUCUAUAUCCUCAAUUUGGCUGUGGCGGACACUGGGACUCUUCUUUUCUUGUUUAUCUCCGCAAUCCUGCACUUAACUACUGAAGUAUCCUUCCCAGAAAUAAUAGAAGGGUUACUAUGCACUUACUGCACUGGUCAAUUUCUUCUAACAAUUAUCAGCAUUGACCGAUGUUUGGCUGUCUUCUUCCCCAUUUGGCAUCGAUGCCAUCAGCCCCCAUACCUGUCCACCAUACUCUGUGCCUUUUCAUGGAUCACCUCUAUUCUCUUCUGUACAAUUCAUUACACUCUGAUUCGGGUUACAGGUCUUCAAGAGCUUCUCCGAUUCUCAUUCCACUUCCUUAUUCUCAUAUUUACCACAGUUUGCAUCCCAAUCAUGGUGGUUUCCAGCUUGGCCCUCUUCAUCAAAGGCUACCUUAAAUCACAAAUGAGGAAGCGAGGAAAACUUCUCAAAGCCAUCCUGCUUGCCCUCUUUUUCUUCCUCAUCUUUUCUAUUCCACCAAGUGCCAUUUAUCUUAACGAUAUUAUUUCCAAGAGGAAAUGUUUCCAUUUCAUUCCAUAUGGUUACUUAUGUGCCUGUCUAAACAGCAGUGUUAACCCACUAAUCUAUUUUCUCUUGGGGAGAAGGAAGGAACACCAUUCAAGAUACAACCUAAAAAUAAGCCUCCAGAGAGUUUUCAAGGAGGAAGAAGAGAGCAAAGAGCAAUCAGACAUCUGUGCUGAGGUGUAG